GCAGGCAGAGGUAAACAGCGCCAGCACGCAUGCGCACACCCUUCCCGGUCACGUGCCGGCUGGGCGCGGGCCUCAGAGGUUCGCCGGCCGCUGUCCGGCUGCCCUAAGGGAACGUCUACAAACAGACGAGCGGCGUGAACCUUUCUCCCAAGUGGGCGGAUUCGGAUCCGAGCGGAGCGCUCGAUUGGAAACGCCCCCUUCUUCCUCCGGGGCGGGGCGAGCGAGGCCGAGCCCCGGGCCUGCGGGGCGCUCAGUGAGACAUGGCGGGCCGUGGGGGGCGCGGCGCGGCCCCCGGGGUGCUACUGGGGUCCCCUGGAGUUUGCAGGAAGGGGGUGCAGAGGAAGGGGCCCUGUGAGCGGCGCCGGCUGAAGGCGAAGGUGUCGGAGCAGCUCAGCCAGGACCUGCUCAGACUUCUAAGGGAAGAAAUCCAUGCAGAUGUUACCUUCUCCAUAGGUUGUACUCUGUUCAGAGCACACAAAGCAGUUCUUUUAGCAAGGGUUCCAGACUUCUAUUUUCAUACUGUUGGAGAGACAUCAAGUAACUUAACAGAUCAUGAGCCUGUUACUGUGGAGAAUGUGGAAGCUUCAGAAUUUAGAACAUUUUUACAGAUUGUAUAUUCAUCAAACAGAAACAUAAAAAACUAUGAAGAGGAAAUCCUUAGGAAAAAAAUAGCUGAGAGUGGAAUAGCGCAAAAGAAACUUGACUCCAGUUUUCCAAAGUGUGAACAGUCAUCUGAUUGUUCUUUUCAGAAGCAGGAAAUUCCAGAGGCUAUCAGUGAUAGAGAUGACAAUUUAAUUUCCAAUGAUACUUAUGACUUGGAGCCUGCAUCUGAAUUAGGAGAAGAUCUAUUGAAGCUUUAUGUGAAACCUUGUUGUCCAGAUAUUGAUAUUUUUGUUGAUGGAAAACAUUUUAAAGCUCACAGGGCCAUUUUAAGUACCAGAUCGAGUUAUUUUGCUGCAAUGUUGUGUGGAUGUUGGGCUGAAAGCUCCCAGGAGUGUGUUACUCUUCACGGUAUAAACCAUGUAGAAAUGAAUGUUAUGAUGCAUUUUAUAUAUGGAGGAACUUUGGACUUUCCAGACAAAGCUAAUGUUGGUCAGAUACUCAAUAUGGCUGAUAUGUAUGGACUAGAAGGAUUAAAAGAAGUAGCAAUCUAUAUUUUAAGAAGAGAUUACUGUAAUUUCUUUCAGAAGCCUGUUCCCAGGACACUGGUGUCUACACUAGAGUGCCUGAUUAUUGCUCAUUCGGUUGGAGUGGAGAGUCUGUUUGCUGACUGCAUGAAGUGGAUUGUAAAGCACUUUGCAAGGUUUUGGUCUGAGAGAAGCUUUGCCAAUAUACCUGCUGAUAUUCAGAAAAGUUGUCUUAGUAUGUUGAUUCAGUCCUUAGUAAGUAUAACCUGAAUACCCUUUCUCAUGUGUGCCAUCAAAAAGUUUAUUCAA